CUUGAAACGUAGCGCUGACAAGGCUCCAUUAAUAGCAACAAAAUAGUGCGGGGAGUAUUCCUUGCUGCACAUAUGACUCAUUGGAUUACUUCCUCCUCGUAUUCACUACAGUGUCGAGUCGUCCUCCUAUAUAUAUUCUUCGGUCCCCGGGCAUGACAAUAUUAAUUAUGGGUGUUGAACUACGGCACCGCAAUUGUUAAGGCAGAUUACGUUACUGCAAAAGAGCGCUUGAUAGGUUUAAGAUCGGAGUGACACUCAAUGGCCUCUGCACAGGAGAUCACGCUGGACACAAACUUCGACCCUUCGCGGCUCCAAGUUAUCGCUACCCGCCCUAAAAAGACAGUUGAAAUUGUAGAGUACGACGAAGAAUGGCCUGCGCGCUUCAAUAUCAUCUAUAAAAUGAUCAGCAAGGCUCUGGGAGACCGCGCUCUUUCGAUCAGGCAUGUGGGAUCUACAAGCGUGCCAGGACUGCCAGCCAAGGCUGUGAUUGAUGUGGACGUUGUUGUCCUUGAUCCUCGAGCUGAGGAGAACUAUGUACCGUACCUCGAGGCCGCCGGGUUUCAGUUUUUGCAUCGUGAGCCCGCUUGGCAUGAACACCGCUUUUUCGGAUUGAAGGAGCCAUAUGCCAACAUCCACGUGUUUGGUCAGGACAGCGUGGAGGUUGUCCGCCAUCAAAUCUUUCGUGAGUGGCUGUUGAACAAUGCAGAAGAUCGCGAUGAAUACGCACGCAUUAAGCGACAGGCUGCCCAGGAGACUCGGGAGGCGGGAGAGGGUGUAAUGGAGUACAACGAACGCAAGCAAGAAGAAAUACGAAGGAUUCUUCAUCGAGCCUUUCGGGCUAAUGGCUUAGAGUGACGGUCCUUGAGGGUGGUUUCUAUAUUGAUUCGUGUACCCAUCAACACCAUGUCUCUUUUCUGCGGCUCGCGACUUUGGUUGAAAAAUUUUGGUGAUCAAAUGGCCCGCAUAUAACACCAACUGCACGCAGUAGUUCAAUAAAUUGAGGUCUUGGAGAGAAUCAAUAAUUGCUAGACAGGAAGACGUGUGUUGUUAGGUGACAGACGAACUUAAGCUACCUAUAGGCUCGACCUGUGGAAUAGUCACGUGACUGGCAUCGUACAUCCAUCUAUAUGCAAAUGAUUAAGCA